AUGGAGGUUGCUUUCCAAGCAAAACUCCAGUCGAACCAGGAUGGCGAGACGGUGCUUGAUGACGAGUGGUUUAGCAAGCGUAUUGAGGACUUCAAGGAUGUACACAAAGAACCCCAAUUAGAUAUCGUCGGCUGGUUCACUCUCGGUCCCGCCUCCGGCCCAGAACCCUACAUCCUUCCUAUCCACUCGCGAAUAUCAGAAAUCUACACCGAAUCUCCGCUACUCGUAUUGUUUCACCCCGAGAACGCAUACUCCAAAGAAACUGCUGCUGGAAAGCUGCCCCUCACUGUCUACGAGUCCAUCUCCGUCAAUGUGUCGAGCGAGCCAAAUGACAAAGCUAUGGACAUCGACGGCGCCGUACAGGCAAAGUCGACCAAGUUCAGGGAGCUAGUAUACUCGAUCGAGACCGGUGAAGCGGAGAUGAUAUCUGUCGACUUCGUUGCCCGCGGUGGUGGCAACGCUACUGCAGUAGAAGGCACAGCAGACGUAGCGGGCGCAAAGUCCGAGUCUUCCAAGACCGACGAGGGUACCAGCAAGAGAAACACACGGGGAAAGCAAAAGGAGAAGGAAAAAGAGAAGGAGACCGACGCUCCUAUCGACGAGUCUGUCAUCUUGACCCCAGACGACGACGAGGUUCUCUCUUCACUCACAGCCAAAAUGAAUGCUAUUCGCAUGCUCAGUCGGCGAAUAAUGCUUCUCCGCGCGUACCUCGACUCCCUUCCAACGUCGUACCUCUCCGACCCAUCACUGCCGGUCGACCCUACACCGGACGCGCAACACCCUCUACCUCUAGAUCACUCAAUCCUUCGCAGUGUAUCCGCCAUGCUCGCUCGACUCAAUAUCCUGGGCCCACCAGACUCUGCCGCUUUCACACUCGAGUCCCAACAAGAAGCUUCAGACGUGCAGCUAGUCAACCUACUAGCAUCCAUCACAAACUCCGUUUCCCUAGCCAAGGACCUUGGCCGAAAGAGCUCUAUCGUUGAACAUGGCAAGAAUCAGGGAAAGAAAAUGUUGCACGGUGGCAUGGCCGACUAUGGUGGCUAUAAUCCAGGACGCAACUACGGUGGUGGCGAGGGCAACUUCUUCAAUACUGUUAUGGGCGAGGGAUCUGGUGGCGACAGGUGGUGA